AGCACUUUAUUGGCUCAAGAGACACCUGUUCCACAGCGCUUCGGGCCGGCCAGCCAUGGAGCAGCCGCUUCUGGACGGACAGCAUGUCGAUGAGGGCGGCAAUGUUGCUGCUGAAACCAGCGGCGAAGAGUCAAGCGCGCAGGCCGACACGAGGGAGGCGGCAAACAUGCCCGUCUAUUCAGGCCACGCCUUCGGCGACGACCUGGCAGCCGUUCUGACGGAGGGCAUUCGCCGCUACGAUCCACGGCUGCGGCCUGGAUAUGAGCAGAGCCUGACAGACCGGCGGGGUGUCCGGACACGACUGCUCCCAGCAGUGGCCCUGUCGCUGCUGAUGGCUAGCAUGGCGCGCGAGGGCGGCAUGGCGGCGGCGGUGCUCGAAGUCUGGAUGGCGCUGGCCUGCCUUCUCGGGGCCGCUGCGGCGCCCGUCCUGCUGGGCGGCGCGUGCACGCGGCUGCAGGAUCUUAUGGUGUUGCUGGCCGCCGUAGUGCACACGCGGCAGGCAGCUGCCUCUGCCACAUUUCAGGGUCCGCCCACGCAGCACCUGGUGAUGUUCUGGACCGUUGCCAUGCCGAUGUCUGGUACUGGUUGUGAGAUGCUUGCGUGCUACGCGGCUCUCCUGCUGGCCUUGCAGCUUUUCCACGGCGAAGCAUUCGUGGGCUCAUGGUACUUGGCCGCAGCGAUGCUGCUCGCUGCGCCAGUUGUCGCGUCGGAGAACCAGGCCGCGGAUUUCUGGGAACGAAUGCAGCGAGGCAACGCUGCGCUCCAGCGUCUGCUGGAUAAUGCGGGUGGCGCGCACUGUGCAGUGGAUGUGUCCACUGGCAACUUUGUGUCGUCCAGCGAAAGCUUCCAGCUGAUUUUCGGCGCACCUGCCGAGCCGGGCCAGAGCAUCGCCGAUCUCGCGAUCUCCCCACAUGACAAGGACGGGUUGGGCCAGCUCCUGCGAACCUCUCGCGUGGCGGCCAGCGCCUCCUCGCUGGAGCCCCUCUUCGUGGCUUCGCUGCGCCUGCCCGGGGGGCCCUCUGCGGGUGCGGUCGCAGCGCGCCUGGUUCCUUACAGCCUGUCCGACGGCCGCCUGCACAUCCUCGUACAGGUGCAGUCCGGGGAGGGCCAGGGCAACCGGGUCUGGGUCAAGGAGCAGGCAGUGGCAGAGCGAGAGACGAGGUGUGCGGCGCUGGAGCGGGCCCUCGCCGCACGCGACGCGUGCAUGAGCGAGCAAGAGAAAGCCCUGAGCGAGAUGCACGAGCUCUUCGAGCGACGCCAGGGACAGCGACUGCCAGACCGGCCCCCGACGGGCACCUUGUGAUGCGCCACGGAUGAAGCCCCUGGGGUCGCCGACCGCCAGGCUUGCCGGUGCCGACGGCUGGAUGCCAUGCGGCCUCCCCGCCACUGGGCCGUCGGCCCGGUCGUCGCGCCCGCACCGCCCGACGUCUCGCACCACCAGGAUUCUCGGCGUCGAGACCACGCCGGCGACGGCAGGCAGCAGAGGCACUCCAACUGCGCUGCGGAAGGAGCUCGGGCGCGCAGGCAGGCCAGCCAGCACCGAGCGAGCACUUCGGACGCUGGGCACGGCGAGUGAAGGCUGCCGGUCCUCGCCGAGGCGCGCGCAGACGGUGUUCCCUUCCUCGGAGGAGGAGAGGCAUGGAUCACCGCUUCCGUGAAGCCAUCGGAGGGGGGACCGAUCCCUGGGUGGUGGCACGCCUGAGCGUCGCCAUGCGCUGGGUGACGCCCGGGCGUUUCCACCGCCCACGGGUCGGCCCCUCAAGGCUAGGUUCUCGGUGGCGGUGGUCCAUGUUUCUCUUCCGCCUUCCCUCCAGUCCUGUGACGUCUGUUUUUUCACGACGUGCGCGCGUUGUGCUCUCGAGCCCACCCGUGGUGGCGGCUCCGCGCCGCGGGUCGCUUGAGUGUAGCGCCCCCAAGAACGGCUGAAGUCUGCAGCGUGACGCCGAA